AUGGCCCGUAUCGUUGUGCGCAUGCGUGUUAAUAACUGUCCCGGAAGCAGCUCGUCCACGCUGAAUGAGAACGCACUGAUUUCGCCCUAAAAUGAUGAAGUUUCUCCCUAAACUGCUGCUGCUCGCGCUGCUAGCCAUCCCGGCGACCAUCCUCAUGAAAGGGCCGAUGGCGAGCGCCCAGGAUCUGACUGAGGAUGAGGAGGCCGAGGCCGUGGACGAAGACGUCGUGGACGACGUGACGGACGAGGACGACGAGGCGGAAGUGGAAGACGACGAGAACGUGGAGCUGACGGAAGAAAAAGAAGACGAAGAGGAGGAAGCGCUGGUCGGAGAGGUCAAGGCUUCCCCCAACGCUGACACCACCAUCCUCUUCGUCAAAGGAGACGACUUCCCCGCCAACAACAUCGUGAAGUUCCUGCUCGGCUUCAGCAACAAGGGCCCCGAGAACUUCGUGGUCGAGUCUCUGGAUGCUUCUUUCCGUUACCCGCAGGAUUACCAGUUCUACAUCCAGAACUUCACGGCCCUCCAGCUCGGCAUCGAGGUCCCCGCUAGCCGGCAGGCGACCUUCGAGUACUCCUUCAUCCCCGCGGAGCCGAUGGGGGGGAGGCCGUUUGGACUCGUCAUCAACCUCAACUACAAGGACGGCAAUGGAAACAUCUUCCAGGACGCCGUGUUCAACCAGACCGUCACCGUCACGGAGCGCGAGGACGGGCUGGACGGAGAGACGAUCUUCCUGUACGUCUUCCUGUCCGGCCUCAGUCUGCUGGUCGUCGUCGGCCUUCACCAGCUGAUGGAGUCCAGAAAGAGGAGACGUCCGGCCCCGAAGGUGGAGAUGGGAACGUCAAGCCACAACGAUGUGGACCUCAGCUGGAUCCCUCAGGAGACACUCAACCAGAUCAACAAAGCGUCUCCCAAGAGGUCUCCUCGCAAGAGGAGCCAGAAACGCUCGGCCGGCUCAGACGAGUGACGGGCGCCACGACGCCAUGACGGCGAGUCUUCACCCACCGGAGGAGGAGGAGUUAGAGGAGGAGGAGGAGGAGUUAGAGGAGGAGGAUACUGAGAAACUUUAACCAGUGCCAAGCAGCAACGGCUGGCUCUACUUAAAGCUUAAGAACUGUUGAACACACUCACACACACACACUCAUGCUCACACACACACGCACAAACACAUUCGCACACAUUUCUCACACACACACACACGUUUCAUACACACACACGUUUCUUACACACAUAUUUCUCACACACACACACAUUUCUCACACACACACACACGUUUCUUACACACACAUUUCUCACACACACACACACAUUUCUCACACACACACACACGUUUCUUACACACACACAUUUCUCACACACACAUUUCUCACACACACACACACGUUUCUUACACACACACAUUUCUCACACACACACAUUUCUCACACACACGUUUCUCACCGCGCGGUGGUCUUCGAUGUUUCUCCGUGAACACGUCGGUCCUGAAAACAGCGCGUUGGGUUUUAAAGGCUCGUUUUUCUCUGAAGGUCGUUUGUUUUUCUCUGAAGGUCGUUUGUUUGUUUGUGUGUUGAAGCCGAUCAUGUGAUCGUUUUGUUGUUUAUUGCUGUGGAGCAUCUAAAAGCAGACGAAUUGAUUUUAAAUCUGCUUCUAUUGAUCCGAUGUGAUCAGAAAACUGAACGUCUUCGUCUUUCAGAACAAAAUAAUAAAGUCGUUUUAGGGUGGAAUGUCUCGCAGCUCGUGUUUUGUGGAUGCUGCGCGUUGUUUUUGGUUUCUUCUUCACUCGUUUUGCCGUCACUCAAAAACAUCUGCAGAGAACUUUUUAAAGUUUGGAAGUAUCAAAGAGUUCAAACUGAUUAUUAUUUUGACUAAAUGUAAAAGACGUCAGCAGGAAGUGAGUGGAGAUAAAAGAAACGUCCCUUUAAACGUCCCGACGCCCCUGAACUCAGCUCGCGGGGGUCAAAGGUCAGCGGACCGACCUCGACUGCCUGGUUUCUUCUACGUUUUGUUUGUCGACUUCCGGCUUCUCUCCUCGAGCAGCUCGUUCAAAAUCAGAACGCCGAUAAUUAUCGAGUCUUAUUUUUUUUUUAUUGUGUGAAGAAAACCGAUGAAAGUUGAACCAACUGGCUGAAGCUCUGGUGUAAAUACUGGCUGAUGGGCGAGAGCAACACUUACUGGGCUAAUUUAUUUGAGUGACAGAUUGGGUAAAACAAGGGGGGAGGGGGGGGGGGGGGGGGGGUGGGAGGGGCUUUGUGCACUGAUUUUAUUUCACCACUAGGGGGCGACGUGACGGUUCAGUCCUUUUGAGCUGAUGUUUUCUAAUAACUUGGCUGUCAUUCAUAAAAACGAGCUUCUACUUUUUAUUUGCUUUUAAAUGUGCAGGAAAUAAACUUUGAUGAUUUGC